GCCAUCUGCUGGCACCUCACACAUCUCUUCCCAUUCAACAUUCCUUACCGUUUGUUUUCAAAUAGUGUAAAAUUCAUUAAAAAUGCGGAUUAAGAAAAAGGGAAACACAAUUAGAGUUCCACCACUGCAAAAGAGCAUAAGAGUUAAACGAAAAUCAGAUGAUGAAGAAGAAUCAACAGUAACAAAGGCCAUAAGGAAUGUUAAACAAGUUUUUGAGAAAAGGAAUGUGGAAAAGCCAAAACUAGUUUCUGAUGUGAAGUUAUUCAAAAAACGUAGGGAAUUUAUACAGAAGAAGAGAAAACCAAUUAAGAAAGUGAAGAGUAUAACAGGAUUGGUAUACGUAGGACAUAUACCUCAUGGUUUCUAUGAAGAAGAAAUGGCUGAUUAUUUUAAACAGUUUGGAAAAGUGAACAGAGUACGAGUUGCUCGAUCAAGCAAUACUGGCAAGAGUCGUGGUUAUGGAUACGUAGAAUUUGAACAUCCAGAGGUUGCAAAGAUCGCUGCAGAGACAAUGAAUAAUUACCUCAUGUGUGGCAGAUUACUAAAAGCUACAUAUAUACCACCUGAGAAACAACAUAGUCGCUAUUUUCUGGGUGACCCAUGGUCAGAGAAUACGUAUCCUAAAGCACUAAGAAGAGUAAGCGUAACUGGACUGAGAAAUAAAGAAAUUGACAAGGCUGAGUAUGAAAGUUUUGUACAAAGCACCAAGGAUAAAUUAUGUGCUUUAGAGAAGAAAUUAAAAACAAAAGGUCUUGACAUCAAAUUCACACCAGUGGAUGAUACAAAGUCGUAGUGAAUGCAUAAAUGAUACUAGUAUUAAGUUUUUUUAUUAAGCACAAACAAAAGUUUUGCAGUACAGAAGAUUUGAAACUUAAAGAAUUAAAUUGAAACUACACACA